AUGGCUGCGGUGGCCGUGCCCAGUGGUGGCCCUGGCGGCCCAAAGCCGCCGGCUGGCUGCGAGGUGCGCGCCGCCACUCCUCCCAAAGGCUUCGGGCUCUUCGCCUGCGCUGCCUGCCCCGCCUAUACAGAGAUGUUCACCGAGGAGCCUCUCUUUGCCAUGCAGCACUCCGGAAACCGUCGCGUGGUUGCUGCUUGUGCACGCUGCUGUGGCUUCGUGCGCUCCGUGCCUCUUCAGCUGGAGGUGUUGUUUGGCGAAAGCCGCUUCGCACCUCUGCUCGCCGCCCUGGGGGACUUGCCAACUAGAUGGCAGGAGAGUGCUGGGGAAGGACAGGCUGUGGUUGUGCGAUGCAAGCAAGGCUGUGGUGAAAUCUAUUGCUCCGAGGCUUGCAGAGAUUUACAUUUUCAGCACUCCCACAACCUCCUUUGCGUCGGGCCCCUGACGGAGGACCACCCGCUUCUUCGCUUCAAGUACCACGCUCUGGAGCACGCCGACACCCUGCUGCUCGCGGCCCAGGUCUUCGCCUUCCUGGUGAACCGAGCGCGGGCCUCUGGAGGUGGUGCGCAGGUGAUGCAGGAACUCAUGCAGGAGCUCUUGUGCUUCUGUCAUGCCCCUUUCAGGGAAGCGUGCCGCCCACCGCCCGGCCGGUCCAAGGAUGCCGAGUUCUAUGCGCACACGGACGGCCUGGUCCAUGAAGCGGCCGCGCUCCUCCGCGCCGCCCUGGAGCCCCACGCGCCCGCAGAGGUGGGAGCUCUCUUCGCAUCGGGGCCGAGCUUCUUCGCAGAAGUACUGGGGCUCUUUGAGUACAACAACAUCGACCUGGAGGUGCACUCGCCCGUGGGACCACUGCUCAUCAACCGAGCCAAAGCACUGGCGGCCCACAUCUCGACGCCACAGGCAAUGACUGAGCUCAAGCAAUUGGAAUCUCUGCUCCGAGAGAAGGAAUGGGUAAUGCGCUGCGUCUGGGGCGAGGAGACGACGGGCAUCUUCGGUGAUGAGGCCGAUGUCGCACAGGAUGGGGCAGACGCUGAGCCGAUGGACAGUCUCAUGAAGGCAGCCGAGCAGGGCAACGAUGCGGAAGUUGCAAGUGCGGCCAUGGCGCAAGCCACCGCAGAGGUUGCCCAAAUGUCGCUGGAGCAGUUGCUGCAGGGUGCAUGGCCUGCCAUGCAUGGAACAGCACUCUUUGCGUCGGUUGCUCGAAUGAACCAUUCCUGUGCGCCAAACAUGAAGGUGGCCUUUCCUGGAAACUCAGCCCGCUUGACUGCCACCUCGGUGUUGAACAUCUCGCCCGGUGACGAGCUGUGCAUCUGUUACGUCAACCAGGAAGCGGACGUGCAAACUCGAAGGCGCAGGCUGCUGGAAUAUGGCUUCACCUGCAGCUGCAGCAGAUGUUUGUCUGAGGAUUCUGCGACCCUUCGCAAGGCACAGAAGCGUCUCAAAUGA